CACUCUGAUUCGUAUUCCACUUCGUUCAUCCUGUCCAGGGUCUUCGAUUCUCUACGUUCUUGAUCGGCCUCGCAGCUUGUGUCCUGAGCUGAGAUCUCCGCGUCACCGCAACCAUGUCGGCUCUCAGUUGAGCUUCACAGAUACCGCUCCAAUGCCAACACAAUCGGGGUUGAAAGCUUGCCACAACUGCCGUAGGAGACGACUCAAAUGUGACUAUUCUUAUCCAUCGUGUCAUAAAUGCUCGACUAGGGGGCAAGGAUGUCUGGGUUACGGGAAAUUAUUCCUCUGGAACCAGGGAGUGGCCAGCCGGGGCAAAAUGAAGGGCAAGUCCUAUGCAGGGCCAGUCAACACCCAGAAGAGCCUAAGCUCAGGGGUUGGAGCAGUAAUUCCCUGUAGUUCACGCGAGUAUGCGACUUUCCUGGGAACUUUUCGAAUGUCUCUUACCGAUCCAUUCUUUCAAGACAUGGACAGUUCUUGCCGACGGUACUUGCUUCACUACCAUCUAUCCCAAGAUUUGGUGAUAUCUGAUACUCCCAAAGAAAAUUCGUUCCGCAGCCUAGUUCCAUUGACUGGUGAAAUGCCCAUCUUGUUACAUAUCCUAGUCGCUAACGCUGCUAUGCACAUCGCGAGUAUAAACGGCCGAGUUUCUUAUAACAACAGAGAGCAAUUGCAAAAGCAGCCGUAUUGCUUGUCAAAUGAUAGCGACCGUGCAAUGAUUGAUGCUCUGUUGGCCAAGCAUAAGGCUAUCAGUCUCUUGAGAGGUGCAUUGCAUAGCAUCCAAACAAUAAACACCGAUCUCAUCGCGACAGUCGUGCUCCUUUUCAUAAAUUACGAGCUUCUUGUCUCGGGGAAGAAUGAAUGGCGCGCGCAUGUUCAAGGGGCUCUAAAACUCCUGAGCUGUCUAGGUUUAACUCAAGGCGACCAGUCUUCUCCUCUCUCACUGAUUCGUGACCGUAUAACCUCGGACUGCUUGACCUAUUAUGUUCUCGGCUCCACGUUGACCACCCUUGACUCGUCGGCAGACCCUUUGAAAUUUCCUGCAGAUAUUCUAGCAAUUCUCAGACGUGGUGAACCCAAUAGCUAUUUAUCUUUUCCCACGACGCUUCUUGAGAUGCUGUUCAGAGCCUGUGACCUGGCGAAUAGAUUCUUUUCCAGCUUACAUGAGGGAACAAACACAUAUAGCGCGCUUGUUGAAGAGGCUCUAUCUCUUCUGGAACGUAUUGAUGCCUUCGACGUCGAUUCCUGGGCACUAUCAGUCGAUGGUGCCAACACUCGCCGCAGAUCAACACGGAUACACACAGCCUCUGCUCAUAAAAACGCUGUCCGAAUCUAUACUUGCCGCAGUGUCGGGGACCUCGACCUACUCGGUUACGACAUAGAACGCUUAGUUCAAAAUAUCGUUUGCGACCUUUCGUUUCUUGAUGCUCAAGAUCCUCUAUUCAAAGCUACGGCUUGGCCGACUUUCAUUGCCGGUGCGGAAACAAAUAAUUCCAUGUAUCGCCAGUGGGCUAUGGAUCGCUUAAAUUGCUUAUGGAGUGCGAUGCCCUGGGGAUACGUGCAAACUGCAAAUGAGGUCAUGCAAAUAGCCUGGAAACUGAGAGAUCAGCCUUCGGUCGUGGCAUUGCAACCUGGAUGGAUAAAUCAGCUGAAAGGUCUAGGGAAACAUUGGCUAAUUGCAUGAUGAUGCCUGUCAUAUCUCCUCUUUCAUUAGAACCUUCAACCUCCG